AGCUUUCUCUACAACUUACACCACUACAGCUUAUGCUCAUGACAAAAAUUGACAACUCAUUUUAUGGCACUUGGGAAAUUGAAUAAUAAUUUAAAAAUUCACAACUUUGGAGAACAAGCGAUGUUAGGACAGGUUGACUAAAAUAAUACAGACAGUAUGAACUCGAAUCAACAGAAUACAACUGAAAAUGUCUCUACCAAGUUCCCAUGGCAAAACUCUCAGCAUCCUAUCAGUGUAUUUAUUGGACUUCAUUCCCUUUCUGCUUGCCUUGCGCUUGGGAUGACACUAACAAACCUCUUGUUGGUCGUAACAGUUUUAAGAAAUAGACGACUCCAAACCCCAACAAAUAUAAUUGUGUUCAACAUUGCAUGCGCUGGAAUGUUACAAGGAGCGGUUGGUACAGUGAUACGUAUUUUAAUGAACUAUGAAUACGAUAUUGCAAAGAAGGUCAUCUAUGGAGCAGUCACCAGUAAAUAUAUUUGCAUCAUUCGGCUAAUUACAUCAAACUUUCCAGGAACUUUUAUUCUCUAUAUGUUUGUUGUUGUCAGUGUAGACCGAUAUAUCGCGAUCCAACAUCCUUA